AUGGCGUGCGACGAGGUGAUCCGGCGGACGACGAGCUUGGCGGUGCCUACGCCUCCAUCCUCGAACGACAAAAUCCAAUACGUUUUGCUAGGGAUUCUGAAUUGCUUCUUUUUUGGUGUCGGUAUGAUCGUCUUGGGCGCCUUGAAGAACGACACCCCUGAUAUUCUAAUCGGCGUCUUUCAGCUCCUCAUUCCUUUCGUUGGCUGGAUCUGGGCUAUCAUCUGGGGCGUCCUCAUGGUCCUCAGGGCUUUGCAAUAA